AUGAAAUCAAAAAAUGGUGGUUUUUUUGGGAUUUUUAAGAAGAAAUCCACUCCUGCUCCAAUUCCAGUUGUUGAAAAUGAAAACGAAACUGAAACUACGGUGUAAGUUAGAUCAAGUCAUUCAACAAAAAAAAACUGAUGAAUCUAGAAUCGAAUCCAGAUUUGUCAUUUCAUUUCAUUCCCUCCCAAAAACCGUUUAUAUUAUUAUUAUUAUUAUUAAAUUGAAAUUGAAUAUGAAUAUGUCUGCGUAUCUCAUAAUUCCAAUAAUCUUUUGACCACUUCGCCUGUUUUUUUGCAUCCAUUUUAGAUAGAAUAGAAAUCCGCAACACACACAACUAUGUAAAUAAUGAAAAUAAAUGCUGGAUUGGAUUGGAUUGGAUACGUAUAGGCUUUUGACAUGUUUUUUGCUGUAUUCCGUUUGGGUUUUUGUUAGUUCUUUGUAUUUACAUAUGUAUUGAGGAGAGGCUAAAGCUCAUCUUUUAGGGCUAGUUAUCAGCUGAACUUUUGAAGAUUUUCACAAAAAUUCCCUUGUGAAAUUUUUAGAAAUGAAUUUCAAAUAUUACUUGAAGUUUCACGUGGAAUAUUUUUACCAGAUUUGUUUCAUUGUUGGGAGUAUGAGUACUGUAAUUGUCAGAAUCAUAUUUCCCUGUUUUUAACUAUCAAACAAACAUCAAGCCUUCCCUAAAAUUACACAACAAAUAAUUAAACCAAUUUCAAAACCUUCUUCAAGUUGUUUUUUGAUAAUAAGCGUAGACCUAGUGAAAGUCAAGCACUUUCUUCCAUUUUCCCCCAAUAUCCAAUUUCUCUCUUUUUUUUUCUUCAGAUGUGUUCUAGUGUUUAUUUAGUAACCGAUCUGAUCUCAGAUCUUUUUUACAUGUCCAACCAUCAUAAUCGGAACUGUCAAAAUUCUAUUCUCUCACGUGUUCCUCAUAUUUGUUCUCUUUCCUUUCACAUAGUUAGUUUUCAUCAUCACUUUUUUCAAAAACUAUCCGAUAAUUUCUCUACCUAAUAAAUCCAGUUUCAUCUGGCCAUAAACCCAUAAACAGUUAGAUAAUUCAUACAUACAUAAAAUUAAGCACUUUUGGUGUUUUGUGGGAAAUUUUGCGAUUACGAUUAUGAAUAAUAUGUAUGUGAAGUUGCAGAAUUGAUGAAGAGAGAAGAAGAAGAGGAACGAUGAUCGACGAUGAAAUACUACCGAAUAAUAUUGAUACUACGAAUAUUCAACACGAGGUUGGUUUGCAUUUUUGUUGGAAUUUCAUUUUGAACUGUUCUAUUUCGAAAUUUUCAUGUAAAACAAUUCACCAAACGGAAACUUUUAAAAAAUUUAUCUAAAAUUUUAGGGAAACUACUUUGGGGAAAAGGCUUUUCAGAGCAGGGAUCGUGUUAAAUUUCAAAAAAAAAAAUUCCAGGGCCUCUCUCCCUCCCCGUAAACUUCCAGAGUAUUUUUUUCAUUUUUGUUUUGUUUUGCCCAGAAAAUUAAACCCGCUAAUCGUUUCGUGUUUUCUGACCAGUUUGUUCAAGCAAGAAAUUCUACGCAAUAAUAAUUUGUGUAAACAGAUUAUUUCUCAAGUUCUACUACACACAUUGUUUACAUGGUUUGAUAGUGUCAAGCACUUUUUUCCAUAAGCUUCAAAUAAAUUAAUAAAUGUUUUAAUAAAACAUUUUUCAGCGUAAAUCGAGUAUCGCAAAAACCAGUGUAUUACACUAUUCGCCACCGGGAAGUACAAUUGUAACUGUUUCGAAUAGUUCGGCGACAACUUCGACAAGUGGAUCACAAAAGGAUAGUAGCAAUAAUGAUGAGAUGAUUCGAGUGACGAGAAAAAGUAAUAUUAUUUUGGAUGAUGAGGAAUCGUAAGUCACUUUAAUUACUGUAAAGUUUUAGUUAGCCUGGGCUGAAAUUUUUUUAAAUUUCGAAAAUAUAGUUUGGGCCUCAUGAGACAUUUGCUGAAAAUUUAAAAAAAAAUUAUGUGGAAUUUUAAAAUUUGGAAAAUUUUUAAUUGUGACUCUAAAGAAUCUGGGUCUUUAAAAGAAUUUAAACUUUUAAAGUCGUUAGGUAAUGUAGAUUUUUGCAGAUAUUUAUUUUAAUAUUUUUAUUCUAGAGUAAUUUCGACGCCAAUCAGUCAAUAUGACGAUUCUGAAAUCUUGCCGCCACAUAAUCCACAACGAAAAAAGAAGCGAGCAGCACCUCCUCCACCUCCAGCUUCAUCCCAAUCACCAAUUCAAUCGUCAUCUUCUCUUCAACCUCCACCUCCACUUCCACGUCAUAGCUCAAAGAAAAACGAGGAAGAACAAGAUGUGGAAGAGAUGUUUCAAAAUUUGCAGAAAAAAUUUGACACGUGGCAUGCGAUUCGAUUAGAAGAAGGCGGUUCGAUAAGAGAAGAGAAAAUAAAAGCAGAAGUUUUGAGAGAACAUAAUCAAUUGAGAGAAAUUCUAGAAAAACAAGAUAAUGGAUUUGUACCGAUUCCUGUGAAUUCUUCUUCAAAAAAACAACAACAUUUACCAUUGAAAAUUCCACAAUUUAAUGUGGCGGCGAAUAAACCGAAACAGAUUUCACCAAGUUCAACGAGUUCUACAAUUUCACCGAGAAGUGUUGAUGAAAAUCGAAAUGUCGUGCCGAAAACUGGAAAUACUGUGAGUUUUGAAGAAUAAAAAUUGUUUUCUAAUCAUUUUUGAUCAUCGCGUUUCUUUCAAGAGUUUUUCGGAUUUUCCUUGAAUUCAUCUAGAGUGUGCCUAACUUUCAUGACCUAUAGCAACCCCGUUUUUUUUGCAGGAAGCGAUUGCUCGUCUCAAAAAAGAAGUCGAACAACAACGAAAACGAGAAAAAGAAGUUAACGAAUAUCGUUCGAUCAAACCCUUAACAUCAAUCUCAAAAACCACUGCUGCACCAGCUCCGCCACCACAAAAACAAAUCUCACCAGUCGCUAGAACCCCGCGAAUAAUCGAAUAUCAUCCAAUGCGAAAUACAAUAGAUAAUUCAUCAGAUGCUUCAUCAGAUUCCGAUUAUUCGCCAAAACCUCCACCAAUUCCAAAUACACCGCCACCAAAACUCGCAGAAUAUCGCAAAAAUGUGAUUUCUCCGACGGUGGAAGAAAAUAAAGGGAAAGGAAUCUAUCAGAGAAUUAACAACAAUAAUAAUAUUAGUAAUAAAAAUAUGAAUGUGAAACCAAUGAUUUCGCAAGGAUUUUAUGUUCAAUCUACAGUUACAAAACGAUCCGAUUCUCCAGUUAUUAUUAGAAAAACAGUGGAAGCACCAAAGCCGCAACCAAUCAAAAUUGUUAAUCGUAAGUUUCAAAAAAUUUCGACUUAGGAUUUUAUCAGAAUUUAAAAUCCGAAUUCUAAAGUUCAUUUUUUGCAGUUCCUGCACCAACAAUGUCACCACCAAUGCCUAGAAAAGAACAAACUUAUCGAAAAAUCAAUAUUCCGGCACCAGUUCCACCAACAACAGUAACAGAAAAUAGAAACACAAUCUACCAGAAGAUUAAUAUUCCAAGACCUGCUACAACAAAUCCAAGAACAGAUUCAGAAUAUCAGAAGAUUAAAAUAACACAAACAUCAAUCAAGGAUCCAAUUUAUCAGAAAAUCAAUCCUCAAAUUCAGAAACCAACUCCAGUGGUUUCUGCAACUUCGAUUCCAUAUAAGAAACCAGUUUUGAAAUCAGCUUCGAUUUCAAAACCACAGCCACAAAAAGAUGAAUUUGUAAUAUCGGAUAUUUUGCGAGCGCCAAAAUUGCGAAAAGUUGGAAUGCCUGUGGAAAGAAGUGGAAUAUCACUUGGAAAAGUUGUCGAUGCCCCUUCUUCACCAUCUUCUCCAUCAUCUCAAUCUCGUCCAACUGGUGUUCCACCUCCACCUCCGCCACCUCCACCAACUUUCAAUCAACUUCCAUCACCUUCUCCAAUUCAAACAGUUUCCCCACCAAAAAAUAUGGAUGCUCGUGAUAGUUUAAUGCACGAAAUUCGAGAAGCUGGAAGAUUACGUGCUGCGAGAGCAUCACAAAAUGCUUAA